AUGAUGUUCGGCAGAAAUCAGGUGCUUGAACGGAAUGACAUCGAAUUAUGGCCACGGCGGCUGCUGCACGUCCCGACUAUGACAUCCUACGAGUGGGAAGAUGGGAAUAAGUAUGGAGGCGACACCGAGCCGAAAUUCAACAUCUUAUCAUACACCUGGGGCCGAUGGGAGAUUCCCGAUGGGGCAAGGUUACCUGUUCAGAACGUGACGUGGGAUAUUCCUGCUAUUGACCCAGCGCGCUUCACUGUCCCGCAAUUUGAGCAUGUUCUCCUUCAAGUGGCUGGGGAAAACUCUUGGGUUUGGCUUGACGUUGCUUGUAUUGACCAGAUUGACGACCUCGUCAAACUGGACGAGGUUGGCAGGCAAGCAGGCAUUUUCAACAAUGCGGACGAGUCCUACGUGUGGUUACACGGUACUCCAGAGAAAAAAUUGCAAUCCGCCAUGUCCACCCUCCAACACCUCGCCGAUCGGCUCGAUGGUGACGAAGUCUCAGAGUACGUGAGUGAAUUAGGCAACGUCCCGAUUCACUAUGGUGCAAGCCCCAGUCAAACACCAGCAUGCCUAGAUGAACCUGCGUGGCUGGAUGCAGUGUUGGCUGUCGUUGAGGAGUUCAUACAGGACAAAUGGUUCUCGUCUCUCUGGACUCUACAAGAGUGUUUCUUGCGAAAAGAUGCCCGCUUUCUUUCACACGAGGGCGUUGAGCCUGUCCGGCCAGGUUUCCAAUACUUCGGUCUUCUGAACUUUAUUCAAAAUCUAGGCGCCAUUCAGGAUGCGGUCCAUGGUCGGCUUGUGAAAUUGCGCAGCUCUAGAUUGCAUGGAGGUGGGGGAAACACCCCGGGCGCGAACAAGACGCAACGCUCGUUUCAGCAUCUUCUAGAAGUGCUAUCUCCACUCGCCCUGGUCGCCUGGGAGUUCGAGCCGAUGAUUUACCACGCUGCGGCGCGUCGCAUGACAAGACGCCCCGCGGAUCGCGUGUAUGGGAUCAUGCAGGUAUAUGGAUUCACUUUGGGAAAAGUCGCAGAGCCCGACCGGGAUUUCACGGUCGAGGAACUCGAGGACCAACUCGGGCUAGCUAUCAGCAGUCGGUCUUCAGUGAUGGGGCAGUACUUUGUCCACGAUGUGGAACCAGAGACAGGAAGAGCAUGGCGGAUAUCAAGCAACAUGCAUGUUCCCGAGCAGAUGCGACUGGUUGGUCUAAUCCUUGAAGAUGAAUGCACAAUUCGAGCUUCUGGGUCCGGCAGUGCUCCCGUCUUUCAAGGUGGUCGAUGCUCUAUGGAAGAUCUGAUAAAAACGUGGGAUCAAAUGAAGAAUUUCAUGACCGAGCAUUCGGGGAUACACCUCUGGGAAGGUGAACCGACGGCGGUUCAAUAUAUUGCUCUGGAUGCAUGUGCAGAAUUGACACGGCUCUUGUCCCUGGAUCUAUUAUACGGGGAUGAUAUGAAUGUGGCGACACAGCAGACCCUGGCCUGGGAGCUUGUUCGGGUGUUUGGACAGGACCUGACGGUUCUUCUGUUGGGAAAACUUUACGAUCCAAACGGCGAUGACGACUCCGCGGAUAGCGAAUGCGAGAGUACUGAAGUUAUGAGUGAUUUGGUCGGGUCUAUAGGGCUAAUUGUGCGCCCAGUUUUAACCACCGGUGGCAAGGGCAUGGUAUGGCAGCGAAUCGGAAUAUGUAUAUGGCCUCAUAUUACUGUUGCAGGUGGCAUUGUGGCACCUACUUUUGUAGAGGCUAAACUCACACUUGGUUAG